AUGAGCGCUGCGAAUCCGUCUGGUGCUUCGGCGGCGCCGAGCGGCAACAAGGUAACCUUCCGCGUUAUCCUUACAUCUGAGCGCAGUCAACCAUUUCGGGUGAUUAGCAUUGCCGAGGAGGCCCCGCUCACGGCGGUGCUGCGCUUUGCCGCCGAGGAGUUCGGCAUUGCCUCCGUUGAUUCCAUGGCCGCGACCACUAAAGACGGCACCGGCAUCAACCCUGCGCAGACGGCCGGCACGGUGUUCAUGAAGUAUGGCCAGGAGAUCCGACUGAUUCCGCGUGAUCGCGUCGGUGCCGCCCCCUGCGUCCGCCUUCUGGGGAGCCGGUGGCGGUGGAGGGGGUGA